AUGGGGCCGAAUUGGGCAAGCGCGAACGCGAAGGAGGAAGACACAGAGCUACGUGAAUGCGAGGGGAAGAGUGCGAACGCGAAGAAGGCCUGUGCCAACACCAGAUUAAGAUUAGAGUUCUUUUCGACAGAAUCAAACCAACUUCAUCAAUCCAGAGCAAUUCCACGUGACAUCCACGCCACAACUUUAUCUUUCGCGAUGAAGAAGAAGAUUUCUAACAGAGAAUGGCUUGUUGAUAGGAAUAGGCGUGACAGGAGGCGAGAGAGGGAUCGAGAUGAUAGAAGAGAACGGGGCAAUGAUAGGGAUAGGGAUAGGGAUAGGGAUAGGGAUAGGGAUAGGGGUAGGGAUUGGGAUGAUAGGGAUAGGGGUAGGGAGAGCGAGAGGGAUAGAGACUGGGAUAAUCAUGGUGAUGAUAGAGGUGAAUAUAAGGGACGGGAAAGGCAUAGGGAUCGGGAGCGGGACAGGAAUAAAUAUGAGAAGAAUAGGAGAGAUGGGUAUGGGGAAGGUGAGGAGGAUGAUAUAAGGUCUGGGAGGCAUCAGGACAGGAACAAGUAUGAGAGCAAUAGGAAGAUGUUGUUCCAUCACGACGACCAUUGA